UGACAGGGGCUUGCAUCGCAAUGGAGAAGAUUCCACGCAAUGGAAAGCACCGAGUAUCUCCCAGUCAUCGCUCCUCGCUCCUCGCUCCUCACCCCUCGCGACUGCCCAAUGUUUGUCCGCCACGACGCUGCUGCUCGCGGUCCCGUCAUUCAUCGCCGCAUCAUCCACUGCCCGACCUUGAACAUUACUACUGUACAUCCGAUCCCUUACAGUCCUAGUGUGGUAGCGUUCUGUUCUUGCAUAACCCUGCCAACCCUACACCACCAAGCGCAGACCGCGAUCCCACCACCCAUCCCCAAGAUAUCCAUACCUUCGACGAAAUAGGCGUUUGUUUACUGCGCAAUGGGUAACCUGUUGUCGUCGUCCGGUGCUCCUAAGGAGAAGCUCGAAGCCGCCGAGAGGGACCUCAAGUCACGCGACGACACCAUUGCAGCCAAGGAGAGAGAAGUGGAGCAAUUGCAGAAGGAGCUUCACGAUACAAAACACAAGGCCGACAAUGCAACCUCCGAGGCGACCAGCCUGAAAGCCAAGCUGGCCCAGCUCGAAUCUCAGCUCAAGCAGUUGCAGGCGGAGAGAGAAGAGCUGGUUGGAGGGCUCACCACCCAAUUGGACAAGAUCCAGAAGGACUCGGCACAGAAGAGCGCGGCUUAUGAUCGCAUGUCGCAGUCGAUCUCGCAGGAACGUGACCAGGCCCGGAAAGAGCUGAGCGCCGUCCAAGAAAAGUUUGCCACCUACGAGGCCAGCAGGCAGAAGCUUGAGAAUGACCUCGCUGCCACCAAGAAGGAGCUCGACGAGGCUAAGCAGGCCAAGACCGAUCUGGAGACCACAUUGAGAAACGAGCUUGCCACAUUUCAACAGCAAUUGUCCGAGUCGAAGCAGAAGCACGACUCACUGCAAAGCGCGCAUACCACUCUCGAGAGCAAGUUGGAGAGUGUCAAGAGCGAGGCUGAUGCCAGCCUUGCCGCAGCAAAGAAGGAUCUUGCCGAGAGUCAAGCCAAGAUUGUCGCCCUCCAGACUUCGAGCGAGUCAGCUGCCAAAGACUCUGAAACCAAGCUUGCAUCCGCGCAGCAAGAGCUUGCGCAGGCGAAGGAGAAGCUCGCGGCUCUCCAAGCAUCUACCGACAAAGCUAGCAAGGAAUCCGAAGAGAAGCUCGCUGCUGCUCAGAAGCAAAUCUCAGACGCUACAGCAAAGAUCGCAUCCCUCGAACAGGCCAACAGCAACCUCAAGAAGACGUCCGAGGAUGGCGCCAAGGCUGCUGAGGAGCUGAGCAAUGUUCAAAACAAGCUUGCCGCCCUUCAGAAUCAGUAUGAUGAUCUCAAGGCCAAGUCAGAGUCCGAGCUCGCCAACGCCAAGCAGACCAUCGAUAAAACCCGCACCGAACACGCGUCGCUUCAAGUCUCGCAUAACAAGCUUUUCGAGGAGCUACGCGCCAUUAAGCAGGCUCUAGCUGACGAGAAGAAGAAAGAGGCGAAUCUCGAGGAAUCAAGCAAGGUGGAAAUUGACAAGUACAAGGCGCAGAUCGAGAAGCUUAAGACGAGCGGCGCUACCAGCGACGAGGCGACCAAGAAGCUGAAGGAGGCACACGAGGCUGAGCUUGCAAAGGUCAAGGCGUUGGCGGAUGAGGCUUCAUCGAAGGUCAAGACGGUUGAGCAAGAGAGUGCGGCACUCAAGAAGCAGCAAGAAGAUUCCGAGGCCAAGCUCGCCGAGCUUAAGCAAGCCAACGAGAGCAGUCACAGCAAGAUCGCCGAGGCGGAGGAGAAGGUGAAGGCUGCUGAGACGGUAAGUCUGACGACGCCGUACACCAGCUACCAUCUCGCCGAACUCGAAGCUCAACACGCCAAGACCGCCGACACGCAGCACGACCUGACCGCCCAGCUUACCAAAGCCGAGCAGGACCUUGAGGCCGCCAAGAAAGAGAAAGAAGAGGCAUCGAAGAAGGCCGACGAGCUCGAAAGCGUGCAGAAGAAGCUUGCCGAAGCAGAACAGGCUCGAGAAGAGGCCGAGAAGAAAGCUGCUGCCCUCGAGAGUGAGCUCAAGGGGCUGAAGGAGGCAGGGCACCCCCCCGCUGUCAACGGCGUAGACGAGGCUGCACAUGCCGUCACGGCUGCUGCAUAAAAGAAGCAGCAGCAGCGGAAUUGGACAUGAUCUUUCCGAGCGACGUUCGUGCGAAAAGAGCUUUGAGGAUGGGAUGGGUUAGGAUACGAUGUGACUGCUUGCGAUUGGAAUUUGAAUUCUAGUACCCUGUGUGAUUGACGUGGCUUUUUUCGAUACCCCCCCCGAUCAUUGCAUUCAUUUGAGCGUUUGCGCUUGGAAGUCUCGAAACUAUCAAUAGGUAGUAGUAGUGGUAGUAGCGGUCGUAGAUUGAAGAAGCUGGGUUCGUAGUUGGGGAAUGUCUGUGCUGUGAGUAAGGACUGUAUGUAGAUUGUAAAAAUUGAAGGUUUGAAAGUUC